AUGUUAUCCUACAUAACACCAUCAAUGCAACAUCAACUUUCAUCAUCUGAUUCAGCACUUGCCAUCUGUUCGACUUCAUCAGAUGAAGGAAAUAAAUCAUUAUAUCCAAAUGAAGAUGAUAGUAUUGGACUUUAUAAUUCUUCCUAUAUGUCAUAUUCACAUCAUCAUCAUAAAGCACCAGUACCAUUUAUGUAUGGUCAUGCGCCAACAUCAGCAUAUGGUUUUGGUUUUAAUUUUUAUGAUGAAAUGUCUCCAUUUACUGAUUCAACACGAUCACCUUAUACAUUUAUACAUACAACAAAACGUAGUGAUCCAAAUAUUGAUGUUAAACUUGAAAAUAUGGAAUUAUGGAAACGUUUCUCUGACCUUAAUUUAGAAAUGAUUAUAACAAAAACUGGAAGGCGUAUGUUUCCAACAUUUAAAGUUUCAUUAACCGGACUUGAUCCAGCAAGUAAAUAUAUUGUUUACAUGGAUGUUGUGCCUGUAGAUAAUCAUCGUUAUAAAUAUCAUAAUUCUCAAUGGAUGGUUACUGGUGCAGCUGAACCGCAUAUGCCGGGUCGAUUUUAUCCUCAUCCAGAUAGUAAUUCAACAGGCGCACAAUUAAUGAAACAACCAUUAUCAUUUAGUAAAUUAAAAUUAACAAAUAAUACAGCUGAUCAAAAUGGACAUAUUGUACUUAAUUCAAUGCAUAAAUAUAUUCCUCGUCUUCAUAUCAUUCAAACUUUUAAUUCAUCCGAUGUUGAUAAUAAAUUAUCAUUAACAGCGUUGGAUAAUGUUAAUAUAUUUGUCUUUCCAGAAACUCAAUUUAUUGCUGUAACUGCAUAUCAAAAUGAAAAUGUCACACGAUUAAAAAUAGAUCAUAAUCCAUUUGCCAAAGGGUUUCGUGAGAAUAAUGGACAUGCUAAUCGAAAAGAUGUGAAAUCAGCGAAACGUUGUCUAGAUGAUGUUUAUCCAACACCGGAAUCAUCAAAACGAUGUAAAUCGAGUUCAGGUGAUGAUGAACCCAUAUCGUCAUCACGUCUUAUCUCGGCAAAUAAUACAGUUGAUAUACCUGAUUCAACAACUUCAUUUACAGAUUUCUAUGAAAAUCAAUUUCAAAGUCAUUUUUAUGAUUCUAAUUUAUAUACAUCACCUUAUUCACGAUUUACUCCAACUUAUCCAUUUACUUACACACCAAUGGCAUCAACACCUUCAACAAAUCCAUUUUCAUUAGCAGCUGCUGCUGCAAGUCGAUAUUCAUCACCAUAUUCAUUUUCUUCACCUUAUUAUCAAUACUCUACUUCAUCGUAA